ACCCUUUUCCUGUGCUAGAGGGCGCCAUUCAUGAUUAGAAAACAACAAAAAUGGCUGAAGUCAAUGAGGACUGGGCAACGAAUCUUUCCACUUACCGGGCCCAACUUCAACAGGUGGAAGCAGCCUUAACAAACGACUCCGAGAAUGAAGAACUCCUCAAGCUCAAGGCAGAUUUACAGGAUGUCAUAGAACUCACACAAGAUCUAAUCCAGGCAGGCCCUGGAUCCAAGGGCGAGACAGUAGAGGCCGAGUCAGAGACAGCAGAAACUACCGUAGCAUCAUGGGAUGUAGGAGAUCCCUGCCAGGCAAUAUACAGCCAAGAUGGACUGUAUUACGAAGGCACAAUAGACGAAGUUCAUGCGGACGGUACCGUGACAGUCACGUUUGACGGGUACGAAAACACAGAAAUUGUACAGAUAUCUAAGUUAAAACCCAGCGAGCAGGCCAGAGGAAGCAAACGGACGGGUGAUGAGGCUGACCUCAACAGUAAACCAUUGUCAAAGAAAGAGCUUUUAGCAAAACAGAGAGAGUACAAGAAGCGGAAGACGCAGAAGAAAAUGGACCGACUCAAACAGAUGGAACAGAAACACGAGGAGCAGAAAAACAGCUGGCUCAACUUCAGCAGUAAGGCUAUCAAGAGCAAGAAAGGAAUGACAAAGAAGAGCAUCUUCGCGUCUCCCGAGAGCACGUCGGGUAAAGUCGGCGUCGGAACGUGCGGCGUAGGGGGCGCCCCAAUGACGAAAUUCGACCGGCCGAAACACAACGUAGUCAGAAAAUAGCACUUGGAGCACCGUAGUUGAAAUGUCUCUUCUUAUCAAGAGGCAUUUGAUAAAACUUUUCCUCAUUAUCAGAGGAUGACUUUAGUUUGCCUCCCUCUGAAAGGGCGGAGCAAGAAUUUUUUUUUGGGGGGGGGUGACUCGAGACUCUGGGGCCAGUGCACGACCAGAAAUUGUGUAAAUUAUUAUUUUGCACAGCUGUGUUGCUCAUAUUGAGGAGACACAUGAAGACGUUAUCCCCUUUUAAUCUGCCCUCCCCCCUCCCUCCUCAUUAGCCCCGCCCACUUAACCAAUCUCAGGCUAAUAUGAGGUUGAUCAGGCCAUUUUUGAAACAGCGGCUUCGAUAUCAGCUUUUGGCUUCAAGCCCCGGGUUAUUUCAGGCCACCGAUUUUAGUGAGUCUAUCAGAUCUAAACAUGAAAAUGAAAGCCGAUAAUUUAAAGACCAAGUUUAAAGUCGUUUCGUUCAGUUUGAGGAGUAAAAGCUUGCAAAAAUGUUUUUACAAAAGAAGUGUGCAAGUUAGGUGUAUAUUUAUUUUGUAAUUAAUGUUUUCCUAGUCUUUUCAUUAUUCCAAAUGGUGGGAUUGUUCAUAGGUUCUGGUCCUAUUAUGUCAAAAUAUCACGUGACCCUCCGGUUUCCCCCUGGUCGGCCACUAUUACAGUACACAAGGUGGUUAGCAGCCGUGUCCUGCAUUGUAAACUAGAGAGAAGGGCUUAUUUUCAUUUAAAAUAACCGCAAGUUUUUUAUCAAAUGGCGUUAUGGUCACUACCUGUGCCUUGUGCAGUUGUCAUCGUCGUAAAUCAAUAUUAGGUUUUGCCCUUCAC